CAGGUACACUGACAAUUGGCUGCCGCAAUCGAUCAGCCCAAAUAUCAAUUACGGACGCUGUCGGCAAAUCCGCGUAACUCUCUUUCUCUAUCUCCGGAAACGUAAACCCUAACAGAUCUCCCUAAUAAAACUUCAAUUCAUCAAUUCUUUGACGUAGAUCCGGGUACAUUCGAACGCCGAUCGGAUCUCACCAGCGUAAAAUUGACAAUGGCGGCAUCACGGCGUCUCCGUGACCUACAAUCGCAACCAGGCAACAAGAUCUGCGUCGAUUGUUCACAAAAGAACCCUCAGUGGGCAUCCGUAUCCUAUGGCAUUUUUAUGUGCUUGGAGUGCUCCGGCAAGCACCGUGGCCUCGGUGUGCACAUCUCUUUUGUCCGAUCGGUCACCAUGGAUUCAUGGUCCGAGAUCCAGCUCCGUAAAAUGGAAUCCGGCGGCAACGAGAAGCUUAACAAUUUUUUGUCCGAGUAUGGUAUCCCGAAAGAAACCGACAUAAUCGCGAAAUAUAAUUCCAACGGGGCAUCGGUUUAUCGCGACCGAAUACAAGCCCUGGCAGAAGGUAAACAAUGGCGGGAUCCGCCGGUUGUGAAGGAGAGCCCGAUCAAAGGUGGAAGUACAAAGAAACCACCGAUGCCGGGCGGAGGUGGGGCUAAGGUUGGUAAUAAUCACGGAGAUGGUGGGUGGGAUGAUCACUGGGGGGAUAGCAAUUUCGAUGAUGAUAGUGUCAGAUCUACGGAUAAUAUGAGGAGGAAUCAGACGGUUGGAGAUUUCAGGAGCGGUAGUGCUGCUGGUGCCGCGCCAGCUAGGUCAAGAUCUACGCAGAGUUUGUAUACACAGUCGCAAUUAGAGGCGUCUGCUGCCUCAAAGGAGGAUUUUUUUGCACGGAGGAUGGCGGAGAAUGAAUCAAGGCCGGAGGGAUUGCCGCCCAACAAGGGUGGGAAGUAUGUCGGGUUCGGGUCGUCCCCUAAUAACAUGCCACGAAGUAAUUCUCAAGCAGAUGUUUUCUCUUCGGUCACUCAGGGACUUGGUAAGUUAUCCGUUGUUGCUGCAUCUGCUGCACAGUCAGCUGCCAACGUGGUUCAAGCUGGUACUAAGGAAUUCACUACAAAGGUGAGAGAUGGGGGCUAUGAUCACAAGGUAAAUGAGACCGUGAAUGUUGUGACUGCAAAAACAACUGAAAUCGGACAGAUGACAUGGGGCCUCAUGAGAGGUGUUGUGGCUUUGGCUACACAGAAGGUAGAAGAGUUUACCAAAGAAGGUCAAGGUCAAGGUCCCGGUCCCUCUUGGAAUGAUACACAAUCAAGAGAUGGGUUUUAUCAGGAGUCAAAAGGCUGGAAUCCCAAUUCCAACUCCAACUCCAACGGAACCUCAAAUGGCAGGAAUGGAGUCUCCAAGAGCUCCUCGGGCAGAAAUGUGAAUUCGGUUGGUGGUGGUGCUUGGGAUGAUUGGGAUAAUGAUGGUUAUAGAAAGCCAGCAUCUGAAACUACUAGUGUAUCAUCUCAUAAAGGGGGUGACAGCUGGGCAGGGUGGGAUGAUGAUAAAGAUGAUGAUGAUGGUUUCUACCAGAAACCAUCCAAUGGUAAAACCCCUGUCCGUAAUGGGGGAAAAUCAACGGAUUCAGAUUGGUCGGGGGCAGGUUUUCACUGAGGUUAGUGGUUUGUACUUUAUACUUUAUAUAUAUGUACAAUUAAUUGGUCAACAUGUGUUGGGGAGCUAUCAACUAAUUGCCCAACUAAAACAGAAAUUGUAUACGAUGAAGAGUUGGAGUUCUUUUGGCUUUCCGUUUUUAUGAUUCUAGUCAUGUAAUUUGGUAUAAAAAACAUAAACCAUUUGUUAAUUGUUGGUAAGAAUUUCAAUUGGAAGUCUUUAGUUCUUUCCCUUGGGGAUAGUUA